CGCCCGCGCCCGCGGCCGCGGGGUGGGAGGGGCGGGAGCCGGCAGGGGCUGGCGGCUGCCCGCGCCCCCGGGCUCCUCACCUUGGAGCGAGCGGCGGCGGUGGCGGCUGCGGCGCUGGAGGAAGGCGGAGGGCGGCAAAGAAGAGGAAUUUGCCUUUCCUAUGUCAGUAUUUUUCAGCUUCACGAGCUGUGGGAACGUUUUGAACUCCUUACAAGGGAUCAGUGAAAGCAACUAGGAGAAGCCAGCCAGAAAAAUUUUUUGGUGGAGACCGUGGAACUGUUCCUCCUUCACUGCUGGUCUGUGAGAUCAACUAUGGAACAUGCUCGAGAAGAAGAAGUGGGUCUUGAGCAAAGCCAGAUGUAUUGUGUGCAGAGACCAAUAUACAACCAGGAGCUCCUGCAAGGACAGCUGCACAGGCGACAGAGAACCCGACAGACUUUAGGGCAGAGGCUUGCACAUUCUUGUCGUUGUACUUCUAAGAAAGCCAAGUCUCAUCUUUACAGUUUCUUACCAAUUUUAAAAUGGCUGCCUCAUUACCCAGUGAGGAGAUACUUAUUUGGAGACAUUAUCUCAGGUAUUAGCACUGGGGUCAUGCAGCUUCCUCAAGGUUUAGCCUAUGCUUUGCUGGCAGCUGUUCCCCCAGUAUUUGGCCUAUAUUCUUCAUUUUAUCCUGUUUUUCUGUAUACUUUUUUUGGAACCUCCAAGCACAUAUCAAUAGGUACCUUUGCUGUGGUUAGUAUGAUGGUUGGUAGUGUUGCUGUGAGAGAAGUGCCUGAUGAAAUGAUUUGUCUGGACUCUAAUACUACAAAUACUACAGAGAUCCUUGAAUUUUACAGUGUUAGGGAUGCCAAGAGGGUGCAGGUAGCUGUGGCUCUCGCCUUUCUUUCAGGACUUAUCCAGUUGUGUUUAGGUUUCCUUCGGUUUGGAUUUCUGGCCAUCUACCUGACAGAGCCUCUGGUGCGAGGGUUCACCACUGCAGCUGCAGUCCAUGUCUUCACUUCCCAGCUGAAAUAUCUGCUUGGCAUCAAGACUAACCGCUACAGUGGGCCCCUCUCUGUUGUAUAUAGCAUGGUUGCUGUGUUUUCAAAUAUAACAACCACCAACAUUGCUACAAUGAUUGUUGGGUUAACGUGCAUUGUUCUGUUGCUGAUUGGCAAGGAGAUCAAUUUCCGCUUUCAGAAGAAGCUCCCAGUUCCUAUUCCUAUGGAGAUCAUCGUGGUCAUUAUUGGCACAGGAGUUUCAGCUGGAAUGCAUCUGCAUGAGUCAUACAAAGUGGAUGUUGUUGGGAAUAUUCCUCAAGGGUUACGUGCACCAGCAGUUCCUGACAUUGGGCUAAUCCCAGCAAUAUUUGUGGAUGCAGUGGCAAUUGCAAUAGUUGGAUUUUCAAUGGCUGUAUCAAUGGCCAAGAUCUUUGCCCUUAAACAUGGUUACACCAUCGAUGGGAAUCAGGAACUUAUUGCCUUGGGAAUAUGCAACUCUGUGGGGUCAUUUUUCCAAACCAUUGCAAUCACAUGCUCAAUGUCUCGGAGUCUUGUCCAGGAAAGCACUGGUGGAAAAACUCAGAUUGCAGGUGCACUCUCUGCAGUAAUGGUUCUGUUGGUGAUUGUGGCUAUUGGAUCCCUUUUUGAACCACUUCCACAGACAGUGCUAGCUGCAAUUGUCAUGGUGAACCUGAAGGGAAUGUUUAAACAGUUUGCAGAUGUCAUGCACUUCUGGAGAACCAGUAAGAUCGAGCUGGCCAUCUGGGUGGCAGCUUUUGUGGCUUCUCUUUUGCUGGGACUAGACUAUGGUUUGCUUAGUGCAGUUACAUUUGCAAUGAUCACCGUUAUUUACAGAACACAAAGACCUAAAUACAGAAUCCUUGGUCAGAUUCCUAACACUGACAUCUACUGUGAUGUGGAAGAGUAUGAAGAGGUUAAAGAAUAUCCUGGAAUCAAAAUAUUUCAAGCUAAUACAUCUCUUUAUUUUGCUAAUAGUGAGUCAUAUGCAAGGGCACUGAUAAAAAAGACUGGAGUGGACCCUGCUGCCUUAUUAAAAGCAAGGAAAAAAGCCCAGAAGCGCCAUGCCAGGGAGAUAAAGGCAGCAAAUGAACAGAGAAAGAAAGCUGUGCUGAAGCUGACGAACGACGUAGAAGCAGGUGUAAAACAUGAGAUAGCCGGCGAUGACUUACCUGUGAAUGGAAAAUUUGCAGAUUCUAGUGUACAUGACAUGUCUCCUGAGGAGCAUGAACAUUUUGUGGAGCCCAAAUCAGAUAUUCACUCUUUAAUCCUGGAUUUCACCCCGGUGAACUUUGUGGAUUCAGUUGGAGUAAAAGCACUAAAAUCAAUUAUAAAAGAACACAACAAAGUUGAUAUAUAUGUCUGCAUUGCCGGCUGCAGUGGCCCUGUUCUGAAUGAGCUGACAAGACUGAAUUUUUUUGAUAAAAGUGUAACAAGAGAGUUGCUGUUUCACAGUGUUCACGAUGCUGUCCUUGCCUGCCAAAUGAAAGAUGGGUCUGCUGCACAGGCUGGCUCUGACCUUUGAAGAGUGGCACUGAGCAGAAUGGGAGCCAGGUCUAUGCUGAUGGAGAUUCUUUCUGAAUAUUUAAUUUGCACAGUUUGAAGAGAGCCUGAGGCUGUUUCCACCUAUGGGUAUGGGGUGGUGUUUGUUUUUGUAGGAAAAGUAGAAAAGGAAACGGAAGCCUUCAUGCUCUUGAAUUUUUUCCUUUGAUCAGGGUAUAGCCUUCCAAUAAUAAACAAGCACAAAAUUAUGCAAGAAAAGAAAAUUCAGUGUAUUUUGCUGCAGUCAGAAUCUGGUGGACAAGGUGACAUUCCUAUUCCUGUUGAGAAAAUGGGCACUUUAACUCACUACACGUGGGAUCUUGCAGGAGGUAACUGUUCUGCAAGUGCAAUACACUGUACCAGUGUCUUUAAAUAACUUUCUUAGAUGACUUUUAAAGCCUGAUGUCAACAGAUUGGUACAAUUUAUAAUACUCUGCCAGCUGGAUUAAUGAAUUCACACUGGUGGCAUUUAGCUGCUGCUGUUUUUAAACCUGGAUGGUAGAGUUUUGUUGUUUUUUUUUUGAAUACCUAACCUGUCUCAGCUAUACCCAAAUUCUUCAUUUCUGCUCUAAGUGAACUUGAAGUCAGAAACUCAUUGUUUAAUUAUUGCAUUAUCAGUACAGUACUUGCACUGCCAAAACUUGGUUAGGCUUUCUAGGAAACACAACUGAUUUUAAUCUAAACUUAAUUUAUCUUCAGAGUUUAAAGACAAAAUUGGUUUAAGACAGGAAUGAAGCCUAUUUAAGUUAAGAACUGAUGCCCUAUAUGCAGUCUCUUAAGCUGGAAUGAAAAUUUAGGCAAGGUCUCAAUGGUUAAAAAAACAAAAGGUAUUUUUCUGUUGCCUGUCUUCCUCCCAGUAGUGCUGCUUCUGCCACAGCUUUUAAGUGCUUUGAGAAAUAGAGUUCAAUAGAACUCAAAAAUGGUACAUGUUUGGGUUUUUAAAAGAAACAGUAGCAUGGGAUUUCUUUUUCUAUUGUCAGCCUGGCCACUGCAGUAGUGUCUCACUUCAGGUGUGAGGUGGAAACUAUGGAAAUCAUGCAAAAGAGAUCUUCAAUGCUCCUGUUUCUCUCACAGCAGUCACUGUGAAGCUCAGCAGAGGCAGGAACCUAAAAGUGUUUCUCUGUAGGUUAUUUCGACAGCAUAGGGCAAGUGAGGCAUCAGUGACAUUUCACUCAGCACCCUCAAAUCACAGGUCCAGUGCAUAAGGAAUUCAGACACCUUCCUCACCUCUGGUCACAGAAUGUAAUAAUCUGGUUUUAUUUCAGGCUCUUACACUUAGGGCUUACUUCAGGUAAACAUUUAGGGCUUGCUUCAGGUAAACUGUUUGCAGGGACCAGGGGAGUUGGGGAAGAUACUUUAUUUCCUCAGACUCCCCUGCCCAUAAGGAUGGGAAGCUUUCUGCAUCAGAAAUUGCUGCUUAGCUGGAGUUCCAAGGAUGAAGUGCAUGCAUGUGAAGACAUUGUGUGUGCUUAUUUAAACAACUUUUGGUACAUUUUAUAAUGUUAACUAGUUCAACAAGCCUUUGUAUCUACAUACAGUAUAUUUUUCUAUUUUCAGCUUGUUGCAGCUUCAGUUUUUAACUCUAGUCUCUUCAGUUCACAUUGAAAUCCUGUCAAGUUCCAAAAUAAAGUGUUGUCACUUGUCAAAAUUUUCCAUUUUGUCUUGGUGAGACUCGGUCUGAGGGACAGGCUGAGAGCCCCAGAUACAAGUGUCUGAUGCCAGGAGAGGUUUCCACCUCCAGGCAGUGUUCCCUGCUCUGCUGGUUCCUGCUCCUCACUCCUCCAACCCCCAUGAAUCCCUCUCCAUUUCAGGCCUCACAGGGAUACACAACUAGAGCUGGAUCUCCCACUGUGGCAGAAACAGAUGCACUUCCCAGGGAGCUGCUGAAAUGCUGGACUGAAAACCUUUGCCCAAGGAAGUCCCACAUCCCAGACCAUGCAGAACAAGUGCUCCUGCCUCAACCCCCCAGCAAUGCUGGUAACUCAUCCCAUAGAACAAAAUUUUCAGCAGCUUUUGCUCAUCUCUUCCUGUGUUUGGCUGCCACCAGCUGAAGCACUGCCUCCCCCUGGCAGCCCGAGCCAGCCCCUAAAAAGGGAACCCAUUUCCUCUUCCCUGCACUCAUUAACUGACCACUAUCCAAAAGUGCCAGAAUAAAGAACCCCAGGUCCUUUAACCUUGUGACAGGGCUCCAGUUUGUCUGCAGGGACAGGGGAGUGCCUCCCCCCUGCUGCUGAAGCCCCACCACAGCAGAUGGCAGUGGAUGGCCUAAAUCGGGCUGGUACCUUGUAAUAAUCAGGGUCAUGUUCCUUUCCCCUCCUUUUUUGCAAGAGCACUGAUGAUAAUUCAGGCUACCUGGUAAGAUCCAAACUCUUUCUCCAUACUUCACUUACCCUUCUCAAAUAAAAGCUACCCUUGAUUUCAAGUGCUGCUCCUGGUAAACAGGGAUGCUGUCAGUGCUGCUUUCUGAAAAUGAGAAACAUUCUGUCCCACCAAUAAACCCACAUCCCUCUCUAGAAUGUUCUUCCUGAAAUGACACACAAAUAUUGAGAUUGCCCAGGUUUCCAUAUCAAGAUACUGACACCAGCCAGAACCCUAACCCAGUCCAUGGCUGCAUACUCACUCUAUUGCACACACUUCCUAUUAAAAAAAAAUAGAAGUGGCUUCAUAAUUUAAGCUUGAUAAAUUGAUGGGUAUCAUUUUGAUACAACUGACAAUAAAACUUCUCCCACUUCCAAGACAAAGCAGUUCCCAAAAGCAUUUUUUCCCCUCAGGUAUUUCUUUAAGCUCUUCCAGCUCUUCCCCUGAAAUCACUUUAAUGCAACACUGGAAAGAAGAGGAAAAUGGAAGGCUGUUGUUUUUUGUUGAGCUGUACAGGACCUUGUCAGACAGAUGAGGAUUAACCUUUCAGGGCUGCCUCUGUGUGGCCAACAACUCACAGCCACUGCUCAGCUCUGGAGAGCCAGGACCCUGUCCCGCUCAUCCUGUGUGCAGCAGCAGCAUCUCAGACAAGUCACACAAUGUAUCAAAGUGCUCACCGAUGUCAAACUUCACAGCAGGAACAGGGAAAAGGAAUUUUCCAUCCCACAGCACUGAAAUUACACCUUCCUCCUCCUUGACCCAUUUACUAUUUUGUAAGACACAACAAAGGAUCUCAGCAAAAGGGAUAGAAAAAACUCUGAAGAUAAAAAACACAAGCUGUGAUGGUACCAGAGCAUUCACCAAGAAAGGGAAAAAAUGUCCCUUCGUGUUUUCCCUUAGCUGGGCAAUGACUCAAACCAUCACAAGUGCCUUCCCAUGACAGCUUGUUUUUGUGGGACACACAAGCACUUCUCAGCACACCCAGAAACACUGGAGUCACUCAGGGGUCUUCCAGCAACUCUAUGGCUCAAAUUCAAGCUUUGGGGUGUAGAUGGUGACCAGGCAUCUAAACUUGGGAUUCUGACAUUGCCCAGGUAUCUGAUUUAAAAUUAGCCAU